AUGUCCGGUGUCGAGGUGGCCGGAGCGGUUAUGGAGGCUGGCACCUGUGUCAAAGCUCUUGUCCACUAUUGGAAAGGCAUGGAUGUGGAGCAGACCUACCAGCAGUUCACAUCAAAACCACAGGAAGAGCUAAAGCUGCCAAACGCUCUGAUAAGUGCAAUCACACAAUUCAAGGGUUUAGUCCAGAAAAUCAAGAAUAAGUUUAGUGGCAGGACUCGCCGUAUCAAAUGGCUGGCGUUGAGGUCGGAUAUCAAUAAUAAUAUUAAAGCUAUAAUGGAAUGUUAUGCUAUAUUUCAACUCUCGAUGCAGACCAUGCAUAUGAAGCUUCAACAACAGCAAAGCACGAAAGAGGAUGUCAGUAAGUUGCAAGAAGCCGUCGACAUGAAUCAAAGAUGGUCAAUAUUUCGGGAUAAUAUCGAUUGGCUGUUUGAGCCAGGAAGCGUGGUGCAAGAGCCUGAGUUUCGGAAUGAGCUUCAGAGUUGUCGGUACAGUGAGCCCAGAUGGAUAUUGGAGCAAAAGGGGUACGAAGAUUGGCAGUUGGACUCCCCAAACACAUCAAACUGGCUUUGGGGACUUGGUCGCCAGGGCGCGGGCAAAUCGACCAUAGCUUCUUUCCUUGCGCACGAAUUACGACACAGGAAAGCUUUGACUCGGAAAGAUUCGCGAUUAGAGGUCCCGCGUUAUACAAAUCCCAGAGUUACGAUAUUCUAUUGCAGCUACUCAGAACAAUCUAAGCAAGACGUAGACAUGAUGUUCAGGUGCAUCAGUCGUCAGUUGCUCACACAGCUCAGGACCGUGGACCCUUCGAAAACUCUCGAGAAAAGUGAACUCGUCAAUCAGUUGCGGGAUCACAGCAUACGGCAGGCCGAGAUUGCACAUUCGGAUGAAAAGGAGUUUCGUCCCGUGGACACAAAGUCUCUACUCGUUGAAUUACUACAUGAUUUUGCGCGUCCAUAUAUCAUUAUCGAUGCCCUUGACGAAUAUCCAGGAAGUAUCGGUGAGCUCUUGGACCAGUUAGUUCAGCUCUCUGCAACCUCCGUGAGACUGUUCGUGACCUCAAGAAAUGGAGACGGAGGAUUGAUGGAAGACCGCGCUGCCAAACUGAGAGCAAACAUUCUACAUAUCACUCCUUCAGAUGAAGAGAUUUGUUCCUAUGUUGGACCAAGGCUUGAAUGGAUCUGUGAUGGGAAGGACAACUAUCUGAGCGCUCGCUCAACACUUGUGGAAAGACUCCAGAAUGAGCAUAAGCGGAAGGCAAUAGCACAGAAGAUUACUUCGAGCGCCGAUGGGAGCUUUCUACUUGCUACGUUGCAGAUCACUACCCUGAGGGACUCAAGGGAUGACGAUGAGCUUGAAGAACGGUUGAACGAUAUGCCAAGUUCACUUGAAGGUAUUAUCGAUGAUGCAAUCAGUCGCAUAGAAAAGCAAAAUGAUCGUGUCAGUCGUUUUGUUGGUCAGAAAGCGCUUCUCUGGGUGACUUGCGCAAGGCGUCCACUCACGGUACCAGAACUAGCUCAAUGUCUGGCGACAUAUCGCUAUCUAGGGCUUGGUCUUGGACCGGCAAAUAUUCAAACAAAAGAUUGCCCGAAAGCAGAAUCGCUCGUUGAAGCAACAGGCUAUUUCCUUCACAUCGAGGAGAAUACUACGACAAUACGGGUCCAUGAAGCGAUACGGGGGUACUGCAAGCAAAGCGGUGUGAGAGAGCGGUAUUUUGUAGACGCUGAAUAUGAGAUGGCUCAAGUCUGCCUUAGAUACUGGACUCUGGACAGCUUCUCUUCUGGACAUUGCACGUCUGAGGAAGAAUGGCGGCGCCGAUGUCAGCAAUAUCCUUUUCUGGACUAUGCGGCGAGCCAUUGGGGAUCGCAUAUGAAACUAAGCCCGCAAAGACGAUUUCUGAAUGAUCCGAGAUAUCCUAUAUUGGAGUUCUUAGAUAUGACAGGACCAAUCGCAUCUGCUGGUCAGGCUUUAUGGCCCAACCCAAACACCUCAGCCCUACCGCUGUACGCGCCUCAAGCCCAUGAUUGGCCUUCGUUGAAGCAGAAUAGUCAUCCCAUUAUGCCAGCAUUACACUUAUUGUCAUACUUCGACCUCCCUCGUAUAGCGGAGAAGUGGAUCGAUCAGGCAAAGAAGGAGGUUGACCAGCCUUCGCACCAAGGUGUUACACCAUUGUUCCUAGCAUGCCAACUAGGGCGGCAGGCCAUGGUUGAGCUUCUGCUGAAACACAAAGCAAAUCCUACCCGAGGAACGGGGCACAAGCCUUCAAGCCUCAUCCCAGCAGUACGACACGGUCAUGUAGAAGUCGUCAAAGUCCUGCUCCGUCACGAGCCAGCCAGCCAACUUGUUCGCUUGGGGAAUGCUUGGCAAAGGCAACCACUUAGUAUAGCAAUUGCUAAUCAGGGGAAGGAAAUGGUGCAAAUUAUCCUUGGUUUCUUGGACACCCUUGACGACGGCGAAAUUCUCCUUCUACAUCAAGAUGACCAGGGAUACGGCCCCCUCCAUGUGGCCGCCAAAUGGAACAAGACUGAUGUUAUAGGGAUACUUACGAAGCGUCCAGGCGGAGAAGCUCUUCUACACCAACGCGGCAGGUAUUGGCAAGACACCCCGUUACAUUUAGCCACUGUGGCGGCCAAUGGGGAGAGCAUCAAGACUCUCAUCAAGCUCGGAGCAGGUCUUGCUGCAACCCAAUCACAAGGUAAGACACCACUACAUUUAGCCACGCAAUAUCCCGAAGUUCAGCAUGCUAGUAUUGUCAAACUUCUUUUGGAAAGUGGUGCGGACCCAGGUCUGCAGGAUAAGAAUGGAAGAACGCCAAUACAUAACGCAGUGAAUCAUGGCCAUGCUGGAAUCCUCCAGACAAUAUUGGAUGAUGGACAUACAAAGACUGUGGAUGUCCAAGACCUAGAUGGUCGUACUGUCCUACAUUGCGCAGUGAAUGACCGGAAAGGAGACUACUUAAGAAUGACUCGAAUGCUUCUACAAGCAGGUUCAGAUGCUUUGGAACAGGAUGGAAGUGGACAAACUGCCCUUUACUAUGCUAUUGCAAGUCGUGACAGAGGGCUAAUAGACGCUUUUCUCGAUCAUCCUCAAUACAAGAAUGAGAUCUUGUUUAUCGGCAUAAGGUACAUGGCCUCCUCUCCACCAAGGCCAGACGACGGUCCCCACGUGGCUGCGCAAUCAGGUUCUACCGAAGCUGUCCAUCUCACUCUUAGGAGAGACACGAACAAGGAGUCACUUGAAAAGGGAAAUGCUUGUGGUAGAACGCCUCUAGACGCCAUUCAUCCAGUGUUUCCCAGCCGAGACUGA